ACAGCUCAUGAUGGCCAGUUGGAAUGUCUCCGCGAGAAGAUUCUCAAUGAGAAGUCCGCCUUCAUCCAGAGCCGUUGGAAAGGUGCAAAACAGCGACAGUACUAUAUCCGUCUGCGUGAAGCCACGAUCUUCUGCCAGCUGCGCUUCAGACAAUUGGCCGAACGACGUUACUUUUUGAGGUUCAAGCGACUAGUUAUAAGGAUGCAAGCUAAUGUGCGUGCUCACCAGGCCAAAGUUCGUUUCCAACAAACCAUAGAAUUCAUUGUCAGUGUUCAGUCCAUGGCCAAACGCUGGCUCGUUAUACGGGGUUCCAGAAUUUUGGCGAAGAGGAAGAAGUAUUUUCAUGCAGACUCUAUUAUCCAACAGAAUCAUAACAUCAAACUGGACACCUGCGAUAGCAUCCUGUCCGUGGACACACCUUUGAAUCGUGUCGGAAAUGCCUUCAUCCGAACUUGUCCCCUGCUGGAGGGCACUCUGCGGAUAACCAGAGUAGUCAAAACUGUGCCGGAGGAAUUUAAUUCAGCCCAACUUGUCUCGUCUAUCGAUGAGAACCUCGGGAGCCGGCCAACUCAGAUCGCCAAGGUGUAUGCUUCAACAGACUUCGACAACCUGGUUGACGAGAUAUUUGGUGGAAUCUUUGAUCCGGUUCCUGCAGAUAAGAUGGCACGAACGCUGCCACUGGCCUCUUCCGUAACAGUCAGUGAGAAACGCGGAGAUCGACCGGUGUUUUACACCCACGACUACGGCCAUGGGGUCUGCCAGUUAGCUGACAACAGCCGAGUAAAGGCCCAGUUUUCAGCAACGGCGCAAAAAAUAACAGACUCGCUGCCUUCGGAACUCGUGUCUGAAGGUGAUCGCGCAUCCAGCGUCCAAAGUUCCGCUGACGAGUCCUCAGUGGCUACUCAGCCGGCAAUGAACGAGUGUAGUUUUCUUAAAUUUGCAGCAGCCUAUUUUCAAACGGGAUCGACGCCUUUGUACACAACGGCACGUCUUGUUCGACCUCUCUUAAAGCACCGGAACCAAUGUGAUCUGCUUCUAGCCCUGGACAUAUUUUCGCGAAUACAAGCAUUUAUGAAGCCAAAGACUAGAGAUAAGGAACGCGUCUUCGGACAGCAGGCCUUCAAUUCAGCACCCGACUCAUCAACGAGGAAAAAGCACAGAACGCCGUUGCCGACUGGAGAUGAAUAUACUUUAGCGGAACAACAGAAGCCCACGUCUUCGAUCCCAACUCUUACGAAACGCAAACGUACGACCUCUUCUAUUGACGGCUACCCCUGUGCUUCAACGCCCAGUUAUAAUUUCCCUCAGGCGCAGAACACAUCCGAAAGUGGCAGAAAGCUGUCCUCUUCAGGCGCGGCUUCCUCGGAGGGUAACCUACUGGCUGACCUGCAGAUCGCACGCUUUAUCGUGAAGGCUGGCAUUGAGCACCCGCUACUGCGUGAUGAAAUUUACUGUCAAAUCCUCAAACAGAUAACCAAAAACCCAUGUGAUGUUAGUCGUCGCAAAGGACACGUCAAGGGAGCUGUACCAAAGGAUGCAUUUCUGGCAGAGUCCUAG